AUGCAUACUCUCGAGAACUACGAGCAUGAUGAAACGUUUCUAUACUUCAAGGAUAAAAAUGUCACCGUGUUUUCAGGAGUAUUCAUCUUACUCAUUUUCAUGUAUUCGUUAAUCCUUCCAUUUUAUCUUUUUGUUGGUAAGAUUAAUCGUGAGAAAGAUAAAUCGACUAUUUUAUACCCAAUUACAAAUCAUUUCUCUGUAAUGGUCAAAAUAGGAUAUCUUGUGUUCACACUUAUGAUGGUUGGCUUUUUGAUAAUUUGCAAGUUCAAAAUUUUUAACUUUCCGUUAAAGGCGUUGAACAUUUCAACUUUUUACAUUGCCUAUGUAUCAACUCAGACUUUUCAUUUGUUGAUUUUCCUGCUUGCCGCCGAAAGAUUCGUUUUAUUCUUUUUUCCACACACCGAGAAAUCGAUACUUAUUUUGUGGAAGAAAUUGAAAAUAUGGCAUAUUUAUGCAGCCGUUAUCGUAAAGGAAGUCGCGUGUUUUAUGGAUGCAAUUUAUGAGCUCUACAGAAGUUCUGGAACAGAUUCGCUGAGAAUUGUGACCGUUUAUGGGAUCACUUGCGUAGUUCUGAGCGUUCUCCUACUUGUCUCUGCACUUCUAUAUGUUCCAAUUAUGUUUCGCAUACGAAAGUUUACUCAUUUGGUGUCGGCACAAACAAACAAACCACAUAAGUAUAUUUUCUGGCAAACGAUGAUUGUGAUCAUUUUCAAAUCGAUCUACAUUCCGGUACUCCUAUUUUCAAUGCGAGACGGGUAUUUUUCGUCGAGUGUCUUUAUAUCUAUGGUCCUUGUAACUGAUUUUAUCACUACACCACUAAUUAUUCAAAUAUCAUAUUUGACAUGCACCAAGAGGAAUAUUACCCUCAUGUUCUCAUCGUUCACGACCGUAUUAAAUUCUUUAAAUUUGAAAUAUGGUUCUAGUAUUGUAAGACCAAUGGAGUCAUCGACUCAAAACCCCAACGAGUUUCAAAAAUUAUGA